UACAAAAGCUUCAGUUUCUGAUUUUUAGGAAAAUGUUUCUGUUGAUUUUCAUUUUGGUGCUUGUCGUUGUGUUUUCUUACCUUCCACAAUAUUCGCCACUUAUUUCAAAACAUAUAAGCAAGAGGUUGUUCAAGAUCACAGAUGAAGAACUUAAUUUAAGAACCCAGGUGAAGGAUCUCAAAACUCAACAGGAAAGCAUAAGUGUGACGGACCACUUUGCCAAAUAUUUCAAACUUCAGAGGCAGAUAGAUAAACUGCUGGAUAAUGUCAAAGGGAAAGCCAAUGCUCGUCUGCAGAAAACCACCAUGGUGACAAUGGCUGUGAAAAUAUCAAUUCAUAUUAUUCAUAUCUUGUUCAUGUUGUCGUUGAUCCUGUCCUAUAGACGAGAGCCAUUACUGGUCAUGCCUGCACAGUGGUUCACUCCCCUGGCUAAACUCAUCGCCUUCCCAACAGGAAUAGCAGGAGGAGUUGGCGUGACAUUUUGGAUUUUGGCAUGUAAUACGGUGGUGCAGAAAGGAAGAAGGUUAGCUGGUGUGUGACAUGGGUUGGAGCACGCAUGUAAUAGAUGAAGUGAAUAUCAUUGGUUCGCACACUAAGUGGACAGGGUGCUAUUGUCCCUCAGGGUGGACCCAGUGAGUUUUGAAUUCUGACAAUUAUAUGACUGAUAUACAUGUACAACACUAUAUGCGAGAGUUGUUAGUCAGGUGAUGUGCAGAUGAGAUCAAGAGGUGACUCAAGAUGCCAUGAUUGCAAACUACAGGUGUGUUGGAGUUAAGAGCUCAUGUAUGUUUGUUGCACAGAUCCUGAUCCAUUAAGUGAAAGACUGUCAAGAUUUUAAAAAUGACCUGCCAAUACCUGUAUCACCAACAGCUGAAGUUCGGACCAGACUUACAUAAUUAAGAGGGAGGAGUCCAUUUGGGGGAAUGAUAAAAGUUUUCCAUGUCAGUCCUUAUGGAUCACUAUCAUGUGUUGUUCUCUUCAGAUUCUGUCUGAAAUAGCUGGAAAUUUGUGUUGAUUUUGGCUUUACAAGAUCAAAUGUUUCCUGAAAUCGCUUGUCCAAAAUGGCCGGUGGUAUGACAUAAACAUACUUGGGAUUUGGUGAUGCAUGGAAGUCCUCUUUUUCUUUGGCUCUAUUUUUAUUUCAUUUUUUUGCAACGUUUGGUGAUCCAGUUUGUGUGAACUGUUUAGAUCUAUACAUUAUUCUGCUUGUUACUAUAAAGCAGAGUUGAGACUUGUGGUUGAAUGUUGGUGAAAAAGCGCUAAUUCACAAUGGCUGUGACAUCCGUCUUCUAUAACUGAAUCUCUCCUCAAGUGAAUGGCCCAUGUUGAAAAAAAAAAAAAAGAUUUCAAAGAAAUGAUCAACCAGCAAAAAGACUGAGCGACUAGAACUGCUGCAUGUCACAGCUAAAAAAUUAGCGUGAGCAAUGGGGGUUAGAAGGAAGAGCUUCCUACAAGUGCAUUAUUAUUUGUUGUUUUAUACAUGGUAUACCUUACUAGUUUAAUCAUUAUUCAUACUUUCUGUGAAUAAAUGAGUAACUU